GGUGCCGGUUUGACCAAGCGAUUCGCCCAGACCAUCGGUGUUGCCGUGGAUCCGCGUCGCCAAAACAAGUCGGUCGAAAGCUGCCAGCAGAACAUUCAGCGUCUGAAGGAGUACCGCAGCAAGCUGAUUCUGUUCCCGAUUCAUCCGCGCCAGAAGGUGCGCAAGGGUGAUGCCACGGAGGAGGAAUGCAAGCUGGCCAAGCAGCUGCAGGGCACGGUGAUGCCGAUCACGAACGAGAAACCGGAAGUGACGUUCGCGAAGCUCAGCGACGAGGAGAAGAAGUUCGGCGCGUUCCAGGCCAUCCGUCAGGCUCGUCUGCACGCACGCUUCUUCGGUGCUCGCGCCAAGAAGGCAAAGGAUGCUGCUGAGAACGAGAACAACGCCCCCGGUGGAGGUGGCGGCUCGGAGAAGAAGGGAAAGAAGUAAGCGGCCUCGGAAACUCUAGCAUAGAUAUUCCCAGGUAGCCCCUAAAAUACGAUCCCGAAACUGCGUACACACAUACCGAAAUGGUCGUUGGCACACCGUGUCUGUACGAUUUAAAUAAUUAUUUGCAGAAUUACAUGCGAAA